ACUGAACUGGCCUUGAUUUCGAGCUGCACAACGAUACUAAAGGUCACCGAAAUACAACACAAUGAAAAAGGAGUGAUAUAACAUAUUCUUCACAAUGAUCCGCUCAACACAAAUUGCACGGCUGGAUGGCCUCAUGCUCUGCGCCUCCGUCGACGACGAAGCAACUGAAUCCUCCCUCAGCGAAGUCAAGUCCCAAGUCAAACUAAUUCUGCGCCGCCUGACGCGCACCUCGGAACCGCAAGCCAGCAUUGAGAGCGGCUCUCUCUACACCCUGCACUACCUGAUCCAGUCCGACAUCGUAUACUUCGCCAUUACGGACCGGUCAUACCCGCGCAAGCUAGCCUUCACCUACCUUUCCGACAUUGCGGGCGAGUUCGCGACGACGCACACCCCGGCACAGCUCAUGAACCCGACGCUGCGGCCCUAUGCCUUCAUGGACUUUGACAGCUUCAUCAGCCGCACCAAGGCGACUUACAGCGACACGCGUGCGACCCAGAACCUGGAUAAGCUGCAUGAUGAGCUUAGGGACGUGACCAAAGUCAUGACCAAGAACAUUGAGGAUCUGCUGUACCGCGGCGACAGCCUGGAGCGCAUGGGCGAGCUGAGCAGUAGGCUGAGGGACGAUAGCAAGAAGUACAAGAGGGCGGCUGUUAAGAUCAACUGGGAUUUGCUGCUGAAGCAGUACGGCCCGUUUGCGGCGGUCGGUUCCAUUAUCAUCUUCUUCUUGUGGUGGAGAUUCUUCUUUUGAGUGCAUCACAGGCAGGGAGCAUCACCGGUAGCGGGUGAACAUGAUACCGUCGGGUGGGUUUCCUCAGUCAGCCUGGCUCUGUACGAUGCUGUGACGGAUAGCCUACAUGGAUUCUGUAAUUAUUCUAAUAUGUGUUUGUACGGCAUUGGUUUUUGGCGCUUGACCUAGCAUGGAGUUUGGGUAAAGGAGGUUGGGGGGAAAGGGGGGCGAACGCAAAAGGACGUUUGCCCAGGUGAAGUUUCAGCUAUCAAGACAUGUUGCUUAUAGGUUCUUGCUUUCCACUCCUUCAUCCGAUGCCUUCGUAAAGCCUGA